AUGAAGCGCGCACGGAUGCUUCCUGUGAUGAAUUGCGAGUCAUUUUUGUGUGGAGUAACAAGUGCGAUUGAGGUUGCAUGGGAAUUGGGCAGAGCCGAGCAGGCGAUUCUGGCUUGCACGCUCGGCGACACUGUUUCUGGUGCCAAAAUGGACACAGCUUUGAUGAUUUCUAUGAGCCUGCUGCAAUCACCGCGCAUUCUUGCCGCACCAUCAGCGAAUCGUCACCGCCGCCGCCGCCGCCGUUCGUUUCAUUAUGUCAUAUAA